CCCUACACCAGCAAGAUGGCCGCUAUCGCUUCCCUCAACGCCGUGGCUCCGGCCAAGCUCUCCUCCAAGAUGUCCACGGGCAUCAAGGCCCAGGCUAAGGUCGCCGCCAAGGCUCCCGUCGCCGUGGUGUCCUGCUCCGCGGAGAAGGCUGCGACCAAGGUUGCCGCCAUCGCCGCGGCUGCCGCCAUCGCCGUCGCCGCGCCCAUGGUUGCCCCCGAGGAGGCUUUCGCGCGCGACGUGCAGCCCUACGCCGGCCUCACCCCCUGCAAGAAGAACAAGGCGUUCGCCAAGCGCGAGAAGCAGGAGAUCAAGGCUCUCGAGAAGCGCCUCAAGAAGUACGACCCCGAGUCUGCCCCCGCGCUCGCUCUCAAGGCGACCAUGGACAAGACGUCCCAGCGCUUCAAGAACUACGGCGAGGCUGGCCUCCUCUGCGGCGCCGACGGCCUGCCCCACCUGAUCGUGGACGGUAACCUCGAGCACCUCGGCGAGUUCGCCAUCCCCGGCCUCGGCUUCCUCUACGUCGCCGGCUGGAUCGGCUACGCCGGCCGCUCUUACGUCAUGCUCAACAAGGAGAAGGCGAAGCCCACCGAGGGUGAGAUCAUCAUCGACGUGCCCACCGCGCUCGGCCUGAUGAUGGCGGCUGGUGCGUGGCCCGUGAAGGCGUUCUUCGAGCUUAAGAACGGCACCCUCACCGCCCCGGAGUCCGAGAUCACCGUCUCCCCCCGCUAAACCUAAACGGGCUCUCCGACGCACGACUCGAGAUCGAGUGCGAAUCAGAGUUCGGUUUUUCAAAAAAACGCGGCGGCGGCGGCCCGGCGAGGGCGCUUGGCUCGGGGUACACGCGCGUGGCGUGUGCCUCGAUGGGUUUCUCUAGUGAGUAUUAGUUCAAUGCAAAGGAAAAAAUUAAACGAAG